AGCAACAGGCCGCCAUUUUUCCUCUUGACCUCAGCUAGCGUCUUCCAAAGAACUGACUUCGCGUCUACCAUUUGCUAGUCUACACCAGUUUACACAUAGAAUCCGAGCUCUGACACAUCUGCCUGUUCGCCAGAAUGACAAGUAUUGAUAAUCAAGCAGACUCUGGGAUGGAUAAUGAGUGCGUAGUGCGAGCACGCGGUUUACCUUGGUCUGCUACCCCUGAAGACAUCCAGAAUUUCUUCAAAGACUGCAACAUUGUCGGUGGACCUCAAAACGGUGUCCACUUUACAUUUGGUAUUGACGGGCGUCCAAGUGGGGAGUGCUUUGUGCAGUUUGUCUCUGAGAAAGAUGUUGAAAAGGCCUUAGAGAUGAACAAUGAGCACAUGGGCAAGCGGUACAUCGAGGUGUUCAGAUCCAAGGCAGAGGAGAUGGAGUGGGUCAUCAAGAGAAUGGGGCCUCCCUCGGACAGGGACCAGGAGGCAGUGGUCAAGCUCCGCGGUCUACCUUAUGGCUGCUCUAAAGAGGAGAUUGCACAGUUUUUUACUGGGUUGGAGAUAGUACCAAACGGGAUAACGAUCACGUUAGAUGAGGAGGGGAAGACUACCGGGGAAGGCUUUGUGGAGUUCGCUUCACCCGAAAUAGCAGGGCAAGCCAUGCAAAAACACAAGGAAAAGAUCGGGCACAGGUACAUUGAGAUCUUCAAGAGUUCCAAGAGUGAUAUCAAGUAUGUGUUGAAGCCUAAGCCGCUGAUGUCCACCAGGCCUGGACCCUAUGACAGGAUGGGCGGACCCUUUGGCGGGCCACGCUUUGGACGUGGGGGAGGCGACCAGUUUGAAAGAAGAUACCGUGGUGGAGGUAGAGGUCCAUUUGGCCCUGUGUUUGGUGGUGGUAACUUUGGUGGUGGUUUUGGAGGUGACUUUGGAGGCCCCUUUGGAGGAGGAAAUAUGCGUGGGGGAAGAGGAGGGCGUGGCGGUAGGGGAGGAUUUGGAGGUGGUCGCAGCGGUGGUACGGGUGGGUUCUCUGGGGUAAGUUCUACUGGACAUACAGUGGCCAUGAGGGGGCUGCCAUUUGGUGCUAAAGAGACGGAUGUCAAGCAGUUCUUUAUGCCACUGAACCCCGUGGAAGUUCGCCUCAGAUGGGGCCCAGAUGGGAGAUGCUGUGGAGAGGGAGAGGUUGACUUUGCUACUCAUGCUGAUGCCACUGCUGCUAUGUCCAAGGACAGACAGACAAUGGGCCACAGAUACAUUGAGUUGUUCCUGAACUCUUCCCCUGAUGGAAGCCAGGGUGGAUGGAGUGGCUCUAACCAGAGAAGUGGAAACGUGGCGUCUAACCAACAAGGUGGGGAUACUAAUCCUCAACAAGAGAACUAUGGAAACUCAAACUAUGGCAACUACAGCAACUUUAGCAGUGAUAAUGGCAACUACAAUAACUUCAGUGGCAGCAGUGGUAACCAGAUGGGUGGUGGGGUGGUCAACAGCGGAAACUUUGGUGGCCAAGCAAACACCGGCAACUUUGGUGGCCAGGGAAACACUGGCAACUUUGGUGGUCAACAAGCCAUGAACACACAGAAUGUCCCACAGACAAACAUGCAGAGUCAGCCAUUCAACCAGAGCAAUAACCAGUUUGGUAGUGUCCAGAACACAGGAAGCUUUGGUGGCCAGUCAACAACAGCAUAUGGGCAAUCUGGCUAUGGAAACUAUGGCAACCAGGGCUCUACCUAUGGCACCCAGCAGACGACUGGUAACUUUGCUGUGCAAGCACAACAGCAGACAAGCACACCUUUUAACCAGUCGGGACAGCAGACUCAACAAGCAGCCACGGGGUAUGGCAAUACCUAUGGUACGACAAGUGGUACCUCUUACUUUGGCAGUAACAACCAAGUCAAGCAGGAGGCGACCUCUGGUCAGAUGUCAUAUGGAUACUAAAUCAAAUAGCUUGCUAUAAUUGACUGCUUCCACUUAUGUACAAAGUGACAUUUCGUGGUGAACUUUCUUAGACGGGACACUGAAUCACAACAUUUUAUAUAGCAACAUCACAUGUCCACUGCAUACGUUAGCUUCUUAAAAAGCGGCAGAUAAAUGGCAUAGCCCUGCUAAACACUUCUCAUAUAUAUAAGCAGAAGAUGUUCUUGUAGAGUGUUUGCAAGGCAACAUCAACCUUGUUCAUUUUCUGCUAGAAGAUGUUGGGUAUAAGUUUUAAAAGUAAAAUGUGAAAUGUUUUCAUCAGUAAAGUGUAUCAUGAGAA